CAGAUUCUGUUGUAACAGGUGAUAGUGAUGAUGAUGAUGCAAAAAAAUUUGUUGAUGUCUCUGUUCAAACAGAGUCAUGCAAUUGCCGCUGUUUUUGCUUUAAAGAAGAUGAUGUACUGUCUCAGGAGAGUACCAUCGAGAGCACAAAAGAAAUUGAAGAAUCUGAUUAUGAAACAGAUGACAGUGAUAUAGAGGAAAGUGAGGAAAGUGAUAUUGAAUAUGAAGAAAUAGUAGAUGUUUCACAAAUACCCUUGCCUGCCCACAAGGAUAGAUAUUUUCUCAUACCACAGACCAUUUUGCUCACGUUAUUCCAGUUAUGCCUUGUACCUGGCUGUUUGAAAUCUGCAACGGCUAAAAUAGUUUCAAUUAUUGGGACAAUGGUGAAGAUUUCAGUGAGUUGUGCAGCUGGACAUGAAACUACCUGGCACAGCCAAAAAUACCACCAACAACUGCCCAUUGGUAAUCUACUUGCAUCAGCAGCUGUAUUUUUGAGUGGAAGCAGUAUUGCCAAGGUAUCAGUGAUGAUGCAUCAUCUUGGAGUACCAUUCAUUUCAAAAAGAACUUUUUACAGGCAUCAGAGGCUCUAUCUAAUCCCAGCUGUCAAUGAUGAAUAUCACCGACAGCAUUUGGAGAUCAUAGAACAAUUGAAAGGAUAAGAGAUUAUUCUGGGAGGUGAUGGAAGGUGUGAUUCUCCAGGCCACUCUGCUAAAUAUGGCUCUUAUACCUUUAUGGAUUUGACGCACAACAAAAUCAUUGACAUCAGGCUUGUACAAGCAAAUGAGGUUAAAAGUAGCUACCAUAUGGAGCUUGAAGGUUUGAAACGAGGACUUCAGUACAUGCAGGACGCCAAUAUCCAUAUUGCAGAAGUGGUAACUGACAGACAUCUUCAAAUAAAGAAGUAUAUGAGAACAGAGCAUACUGACAAAAAACAUAGCUUUGAUUGUUGGCAUAUAUGUAAAGGAGUUGAGUCAAAGCUGACGAAGGCUGGUCAGAAGAAGGGUGCCUCUUUGAUUCAAAAUUGGAUAAAAGCCAUUGUAAACCACAUCUACUGGAUUGCAUCAACAUCAGGUCAUGAAAAAGAGUUAAAAAAGGAAAAAUGGUUAUCUGUCUUGAACCAUAUGUGCAACAUUCAUGCUGGACAUGGUGAUCUUUUCCCAAACUGUGCACAUGGAGAUAUUGAUGAAAGGGACUGGAUUAUCAAAGAAAGUAUACCAUACAAAUUACUAAAACCUAUCAUUACUGCACCACUGCUUGUAAAUGACAUUGGCUCCCUGUCUCCGUUGUAUCAAACAUAUGGAUUGGAGGUCUUUCACAGGGUGAUACUCUGCUUUGCUCCAAAAAGUCAUCAUUUUUUCUACUGGUCCAUGUUGGCACGAUUACACCUCGCAGUUCUUCACUACAAUGCUAACAGCCAAAUGCAGCAAAAAACAAACAAAAUGGGGGGAAAGCAAUGGCGUGUUUGUUAUCCAAAACAUAAAAAGGGGCAACUUGCUGUUGUAAAACCUCUAAAAGAAACUCCAGUAUUUGACUAUGCAGAAAAGCUCAUCCAAGAUGUUUUGGCAAGGAGGGAAGCAUUUCCAACGCUGAAAGAAGCUGCACUUGACAUAAAGGAAAGGCAGAAGGAAACUCCACCUCCUCUAACUGCUGGUUAUGCUACAGCUGACAAAGAUCACCUUAUUGCACACCACAGAUCUAGAUUUUCUAUUACUUAUUAG